AUGGACCAGGAAACUAAACCAGGCUAUGAACCAGAUCGGAUUCCACCGUCGGUUUUCGCAACCACAAUGACUCCUAAACAAGAAUGGAGUAUGCAAUCGAACGAAUCUUUGUUCAGUAUUCACAUGGGAGAUCAAAGUUUCUCCAAAAUGUAUAAAUCUGGAGAACUCUCCAAUUUCGAAUAUACUGGUGGUUCGUAUAUUGGCAGCAGCAACAACAACAAUAUUGAUAACAAAAUCACUCUGACCGAUGCUGGAACAAAAGAAGUCAAAAUCCACGUAGAUGAAACCGGACCAAAAGCUGGUAAUCGAGAUGUCUUAACCAAUGUAUCUAAACCGGAUCCACCACAACAAAUUCCGUUAACUCCGACCAAGUCUUAUCGUUCCGACACAAGUAAUAACAGCGCAGCUUCUUUCGCAUUUCCCACAUUACCAGAGUACCAGCAAGAUCGAAAGAUAUCACUUAAAGUGAAGAGUGAAAAUCGUAAAACGGAGAUAUCAAGGCACGACCUGAAGCCCGGUUUGUACCCGAAUGAUCCGAAACCGGGGAAUGGUGGUAGCUGGCUUUCUUGUUUUUCCUGUUUUCCGGUGAAAAAAUUGAGAUGA